AUGAAUGUGCGGACGGCCGUGACGUCACUCGGCCGAGGUGUUGAGGCGGUCGAGGCCGAUGCGGCGGGCACGCUCGUGAUCUCGGCGCUCCGACGAGCGCGGCUCGCGGGCGCAGCGGAGCGGGCCAGCCUGGCCUCCACUGACUCGGGCGACGAGGGCGCUGGGCAUCGGCCGCCGCGCAAGCGGUCCCGCAGGCUGUCGCCGCCCGCCCGGCCCGCCCGGCCCGCAGACAUGCACCAGCCUUGCACCAACGGCGCGCCGCACGUCAACGGCGACGCGCCGCGCAAUGGCGACCUGCCGCCUCCUGGCCUGCGCAUGACCCAGACCGACCAGGAGAUCGUGCGCCUCAUAGGGCAGCAUCUCAUCUCCAUUGGACUUGAGCGCAGCGCCACCCUCCUCAUGGAGGAGUCGGGACUUCAUUUGGAGCACCCGGCGGCGGCCACGUUUCGUCAGCACGUGCUCGCCGGAGACUGGGUGAAGGCCGACCACGACCUGCGCGCGUUACACGACCUGCUCCGCGACUCGCCGCACGUCGAGCCGCACAACCUAGCCGAGAUGAAGUUCGUCGUGCUGGAGCAGAAGUACCUGGAGCACCUGGAGGCGGGGCGCGUGCUGGACGCGCUGCACGUGCUGCGCAACGAGCUGACGCCGCUGCAGUACGACACGCCGCGCGUGCACCGGCUGUCGGCGCUGAUGAUGUGCGCCGACGCGGGCGAGCUGCAGGCGCGGGCGCACUGGCCGGGCGGCGGGGCGCUGUCGCGCGCGGCCGUGCUGGCGCGCGUGCAGGCCGUGCUGCCGCCCGCGCUCAUGAUGGCGCCGGGGCGGCUGCGCGCGCUGCUGGCGCAGGCGGCGGCGCAGCAGGCCGCGCGCUGCCGCUUCCACGCCGCGCCGCGCCCCGCGCCCGCGCCCGACCACAUCCCCUUCACGCUGCUGGCCGACCACCACUGCUCGCCCGACCACUUCCCCAUCCACUCGCUGCAGGUGCUAAACGAGCACUGCGAUGAGGUGUGGUACUGCAAAUGGUCGCCGGACGGAAUGAGGCUGGCGUCGGGCUCCAAAGACAACACUGUUAUGAUAUGGGACUUCGACCCCGUGGCCAAGCGUCUGUCCUUCAGGAAAUCCUUGGAGGGUCACACAUACGGGGUGUCGUUCCUGUCGUGGAGUCCGGACGGGCGGUACCUCAUCGCCGCUGGACCUGAAGACUGCCCCGAUCUCUGGAUAUGGAACAUGGAGACGGAGCAGCUGCACCUAAAGAUGACGCACUCGCAGGAGGACUCCCUGACGGCGGUGGCGUGGCACGCGCUGUCCGACAAGUUCGUGUGCGGCGGCGCCCGCGGCCAGUUCUACCACUGCAGCCUCGACGGCACGCUCAUCAACAGCUGGGACGGCGUGCGAGUGAACGCGCUGUGCUGCCGCGCCGACGGCCGCUCCGUGCUCGCCGCCGACACGCACCACCGCGUGCGGGCCUACGACUUCACCGACCUCACCGACAGGAACCUCAUCCAGGAGGAGCACGCGGUGAUGGCGAUGACGCUGAACGCCGCGGACUCGCUGCUGCUGCUCAACGUGGCCAACCAGGGCGUGCACCUCUGGGACAUACGGGCCCGCGCGCUGGUGCGGCGGUUCCGCGGGCUGAGCCAGGGCCACUUCACCAUCCACGCCUGCUUCGGCGGCGCGCACCAGGACUUCAUCGCCUCCGGGAGCGAGGACAACAAGGUGUACAUUUGGCACAUUAGCGGUGAAGAGCCAAUAGCUGUGAUCUCCGGCCACACUCGGUGCGUGAACUGCGUAUCUUGGAACCCGGUACACCACGACGUGCUGGUCUCCGCCUCCGACGACUACUCCCUACGCCUGUGGGGCCCCAGGACCCAUCAGUCCUAG